UUUCACUCAUCCAUCUUCCUAAUCAAGAAACAAUUUAUUUUGGCCAUUGUAAGCACACUACCUGAAUUGAACAUUUUAAUAAGACUCUUUUUUAUUUUAUUUUAGAUAUUCCCGUCAUGGAGCCCAUUGUAGGGGCAAUUCUUGAAACUGUAGGUGAACAUGUAGAUUGUCACAGAAACUUCCAAAAUGAUGUGAAUGAUCUCAGAAAAAGAGUGGCAGAUCUAAAACGCAGAAGAAAUGAUAAAGUAGCAGAACUACAAAUUCUGGAUCACUCAGAAAAACAGGUUAAAGAAGAAGUGCGGGGAUGGCUUGAAGAUGCAAGGAGGGUCAUUGAAAUUGAAAUGCCAGAUAUUGAAGAAGAGGUGCAGAAUGUUUCAAAAUUGUCAUGGGGCAGCCUUGGAAGAAGUGUUCGUCAAAAGAUUCAAGAGGUGAGGGAAAUUUAUGAUCGAGGUUGUUUCCCUGAAGGUCUCGUAAUUGAAAGACCUCCACCUAUUGGAAUCACUUUGCCAACAGAGAAUAUGGUGGGUGAGGUUGAUGUGAAGGAACAAAUUUGGGGAUACUUGGGUGAAAAUGAGAGUGUUGGAAUCCCAGAACCAACAACAGAAAAUGGAUGCAAAAUAGUUAUUACCAGUCGAUCAAGGGAUGUAUGCCGCCAGUUGUGUCACAGAAUAGUUAAAGUGCAACCUCUGUCUGAUCAAGAGUCUUUGAACUUAUUCUUGGAGAAGGUGGGUCAAAACAUUCAAAAUAUUCCCAAUUUGAAAGAGACAUUGAGGCUUAUAGUGAAGGAGUGUGCUGGUUUGCCACUCGCGAUUGUUGUGAUUGCUGGGAGCAUGAAAGGAGUGGAAGAUAUUCGUGAAUGGAGAAAUGCAUUAAGGGAGUUGCGCAAAUGUGUAGUUGGUACAGCUGAAGGUUCGAGGGGUGAUGAAAUAUUUAAUCGUUUGAAGUUCAGUUACGACCGCCUGCCAAAUUCAAACAUCAAGAAUUGUUUCUUAUAUUGCUCGUUAUACCCUGAGGAUUGGGAAAUUAGCCGAGCAACUGUAAUUGAAGAUUGGAUUUGUGUGGGACUUAUUGAAGAAUUAGGGAGCAGGCAAGAAAUGCAUGAUAAAGGGCAUACUAUUUUAAAUAGGCUUGAGAACAAUUGUCUGGUGGAGAAAGGCCUUGGAGAGGGACAUGUUAAGAUGCAUGAUGUUUUGAGGGACAUGGCAUUGCACAUUAAGAGUAUCGGUCCGAAUAAGUUUAUGGUGGAAGCUAGCAUGCUAUUGAAAAAUAUACCAACGGAGAAUGUCUGGACUCAAGAUCUGGAGAAGGUUUCCCUCAUGCGGAAUGACAUCUCAUAUAUUCCUGAAAAUAUGUCCCCCAAAUGCUCGAUGCUCUCAACCCUGAUUUUGGAAAAUAAUAAAAAACUGAGAGAAAUUCCAGAGUGCUUUUUUGCAAACAUGCCCCUGCUGAAGUUUCUGAAUCUUUCUGAAACUGGCAUAGAGGUGCUACCGAAUUCUAUAUGUAACCUGGAAAAGCUUACUGCACUGAUCCUUCAUGGAUGUGAGCAUUUAGAAUGCAUGCCUUCCUUGGCAAAGCUUAAGGCACUAAAGAAGCUCGAUUUGUGGAGGGCAGGCCUUCUGGUGGUCCCUGAAGGCAUUGAAAUGUUGGCAAAUCUUCAGUAUCUUGAUUUAUGUUGUCCCCACCUGAAGGAGCUACCGACAAGAAUGAUCAGUGAGCUCUCCUGCCUCCAAUACCUAUGCAGAUAUAAGCUCUCAACUGAAGAAACAUUGAGAGGAGAAGCAGCAACAUUAAAGGAGCUGGAAAAUUUUGAAGGUGGUUUCUCUGAUCUAAAAGACUUCAACUAUUUUGUUAGUAAGUCAAAGCACUUUUUGGGAGGACUCAAUCAUUAUGUGCUUGUAGUGGGAGGAUUUGAAAUUCCGUGUUUUAAUCAUUCUCGGUCUUUUGAACAUAAUUAUUGUUUCAAAAGGGUAAUUUUAGUCAAAUGCAAGAUAAGAGGAGAAGAUGAUUUAGUGCUUCCAGAUGACCUUCAAGUUUUGAGUGUUGGGGACUGCAACACUGUCAGUGAUAUUUCUACUUUCAUGAAAAACACAACUCAGUUGCGAAGCUAUUAUUUGGAACAGUGCAAAGGGAUAGAGUGUGUGGUCUCCUCAUCAUCCUUCACAUUUAUGAAUAACCUUGAACAACUGUCUCUUUUGGAAUUGGAUAGCUUGCAAGAUCUUGUGAAAGUGGAAAAAACAACAGCAUCGCCUGCACUAACAAUAUCCCCUUCCAUCUUUUCCAAUCUUAAACAUUUGACUGUAUGGUGCUGCUCAAGAAUAAAGAAGUUGUUUCCUUGUGAGCUGCUACAGAGCCAGGGCCUCCAAAACUUGGAGCUGAUUAAGGUGAUAUCUUGCGACAUGAUGGAGGAAAUAAUAGGAUGGGAAGAUGAGGAGGAAGGAAAUGAAACAGUUUUCACUCUUCCAAAAUUAAGGAGAUUGCACUUGGAAUCGCUACCAGAAUUGAAGAGAAUCUUCCCAGAAAGAGGAAAAAUGGUUUGUGAUUCUCUCAAUUCCAUUGUAGUGUGUGAUUGUCUUAAGGUAAAGAGGAUUCCCCUUUGUCUUGUUCACAAUGAGCAACCAAUUGGUCAUCCUGCUCUCCAAGAAAUCAAGGUAUAUCCAGAAGGAUGGUGGGAAUCACUGGAGUGGGACAAUCCUAACGCCAAGAAUAUCCUUCUACCUUUAGUCAUCAAGACGAGACCACCCGGCCAACUCUAUCCGGCUGAAAAUCUGAACGCGUAAGUCCCUUUUGUCUUCAUUUACUUUUCUCUUUUUCUGUCACAUUAUCUCAUAUAUAUAUAAGUAUUUCAUCUCUUUUUACGAAUAGUUAUUUUGGUUCGUAAAUAAAUUGUAUCGUGGUACAAAUCCUGUUUUAAGGAUUGGAAGUGUCAAUCUCCAUCGAUUUGCUUCUAAGAUGUCUAUCUCUAUUAAUCAGAUUCUAUCCUCUUUUUAAUUAACUGUUACAGUUAUCCAUGUGUGAUCAUGUGAAAGUGGAAGGAACAGAAACCACUCAUGCAUUGCCUGAUCUUCAAGUUCGUGGUUGCAGAUGUUGAAGCCAAAUGGAACGGUGCAGCAAGGUUAUUGUUCAUAUCAACUGUUCAUGUCUAGUUCAGUUUUAUUAAGUUGAUAAGAAGUUCCUUUGUUGAUUUUCCAAUGUAAUCUUGUCUUUUUGAUGUUAAGUGUUUCAUCCCAGCAUAUGGCUUUGCUUUAAUUGUAUGCUCCUUGUUUUGGGGUUUAUCUAUCAUUAUUCAAAGGUAGUAAAUGAACACUGUACUG